AAUUAUCUUCUUCUUCGUUAAUUACAACUCUGUAACUCUCUCUCUCUUCAGAUCCAUGGCUCUUCUCUACCUUGCCGCCAUAGCUUUUACCAUUUACAUCUUCACAAAUCGUAUCCUCCAUAAGAUCCGAAACCUACCGCCAACUCCUUUUCCCACUCUCCCAAUAAUCGGCCAUCUCUACCUCUUCUCAAAUCCUCUUCACCGUGCCCUAGCCCGAAUCUCCUCCCGUCACGGUCCAAUCAUUUUCCUCCGAUUCGGAUCUCGUCCAGUCCUCCUAAUCUCCUCUCCCUCCGCCGCUAACGAUUGUUUCACCAAAAACGACCUUGUUUUCGCCAAUCGCCCUAAACUAAUGUCCGGAAAUAUCCUAGGGUACAACUACACAAGCCUAUCCUGGUCUCCUUACGGUGAUAACUGGCGUAAUCUCCGUAGAAUCGCAACAAUUGAGAUCUUAUCAUCUCACCGUCUCCAAUUACUAUCCAGCGUACGAAUCGAUGAGGUUAGACGGUUGAUUUGUAGAUUAGAUAAGGGAUCUAGAUCUGGCGAGACGGUUAAUAUGAAGAAGAGUUUAUUUGAGUUGAUGUCGAAUGUUAUGACUAUGAUGAUUGCUGGUAAGAGGUACUUUGCAGAGGAAGAAGAGACGAUGAAGGCGGAGAAGUUUAGGGAGAUGGUGGAAGCGACGUUUCGAUUGAGUGGUGCGACGAAUCAUUUGGAUUUUUUGCCGGUUUUGAAGUGGAUUGGUGUUAGAGGAUUGGAGAAAGAGUUGAUGGAAUUGAUGGAGAAGAGAGAGAAGUGGUUGUUGGAGAUGAUUGAUGGAAAUAGAAGAUCGAUUGAAGGAAUUGAAAUGGAAGAUGAACAGAUUGGAGGAGGAAGGAAGAAGACGAUGAUUGAAUUGUUGCUUUCAUUGAAGGAAUCUGAGCCUGAGUAUUAUACGGAUAGUAAGAUUGGAAGCAUCAUUUGGGUUUUAUUAGCUGCUGGAACAGACACAUCAGCUGGAACUAUGGAAUGGGCUUUAUCACUCCUUCUCAACAAUCCAAAAAUCUUAAAGAAGGCCCAAGACGAAAUAGAUGAAAAGGUUGGUUUCGAAAGAAUACUCGAAGAAUCGGACUUGGCCCAACUUCCUUACCUUCAUUGUAUCAUAACCGAAACCAUGCGACUAUUCCCCGUCGGACCACUUCUAGUUCCCCACGAGUCCUCUGAUGAUUGUUCUGUUGGUGGCUAUAGAGUCCCACGUGGAACUAUGUUGCUCGUAAACGUGAGUGCCAUACAAAAUGAUCCCGAAUUAUGGGAAAAUCCUAAUGAGUUUAGGCCCGAGAGGUUUGAAGGGCUCGAUAGGUCCCGAGAAGAGUUUAAGUUAUUUCCAUUUGGGAUGGGAAGAAGGCGAUGUCCCGGAGAGGGCUUAGCCAUGCGAAUGAUUGGGCUUACACUUGGAUCGUUGAUUCAAUGCUUUGAUUGGGAAAGAUUGGACAAAGAGAUGGUGGACAUGACCGAAGGUCGUGGGCUUACAAUGCAUAAGGCACAUCCUCUUAUUGCUAAGUGUAGAUCAAGGCCCAUAGUUUCUAGUCUUUUGUCUAAUUAAACUUAACACAAUCACUCUAAUUUUAAAUUUUAAGAUUUGGUUUAUUAA